CUGUCACGUGAUCGGGCUACCUCUCACUGGCCGCCCGGUGAGAUGAAGACAGCGACCGAGGGGAACUACAUUUCUGCCAACUGCUCUCUUCUAUGCUAUAUUUAUUACGUCGAGAUAGGCAGAGUUUGUGUUUAAUUAUGUGAUCGAAAAUAUAUGGCAAAGCUGCCGAACCGCAGUAUACCCGACGAAUUAUUCGCGUUGUUUAAAAACUCAAUAUAUAUUUAUUCACCUGUGUUUAGAUAGCCUAGUAGCCUAUACAUAUAUCUUACUUGUGCCACGCCGUCUUAUAAUGCUCUCGGACACCGAAAAAGAGUUGAUUGUACAGAUAUGGGACAAAAUGCUUCCAGUGGCAGAAGAAAUUGGAUCUGAGGCUCUUUUAAGGAUGUUAACAACGUUCCCCAAAACAAAGACAUACUUCGCUCAUCUAGAUAUCAGCCCCCGUUCAGAGCAUUUACGCUGCCACGGGAAGAAAAUCGUCCAGGCUUUAGCCGAGGGUGCGAGGAACAUAAGCACACUUACUACUACGUUGGCACCACUAAGCAGGUUCCAUGCCUAUCAACUGCGAAUACAUCCUACAAACUUCAAGCUUUUCAAUCAUUGCAUCCUUGUGACGUUGGCCUGCCAUAUCGGUGAAAACUUCACACCUGUUGCACACGCGGCGAUAGACAAGUUUCUUUCGGCAUUCUCAGCUGUUUUAGCCGAAAAGUUCCGAUGAAGACCCCUCCAAAGAAGAAUGGGAUGGUUCUGAGAACUCUAUCUUUAAUAAAUAAAUAGCCUAAUACAUGUUUUAUGUGUGUCUUUGUUGUUUGUCUGAAUGUAAU